AUGAUCUUGGGGCCCUGCAGGGCACUUGCUUCCUCGAGAGAGAGUGACGUUAUGGUUGAUUCAGACGUUCAAGGAGUUCAAGUAAAGGAGAAUAUUAAAUUCACACCUUCAUUAUCUGAACAGCGCCAUAAGUUUGUUUUAGAUUUUGUACGGAAACACAAACCUCAAAAGGUUGCAGAUUUGGGAUGUGCCAACUGUAAGCUGUUAUGGAGGCUAAAAUAUCAUGAGUCCAUUGAGGUGCUUGCUGGACUGGAUAUUGAUGAGAACAUAUUAACACGGAACAUUUAUAGGUUACAUACAGGUGCUGGAGACUAUCUAGAUCCCAGGGAAAGACCUUUAACUAUUACCUUAUAUCAUGGCUCUGUGGUGGAAAAAGAUCCUUGCCUCCUUGGAUUUGACUUGAUAACAUGUAUAGAACUAAUAGAACAUCUAGAAGCCAAAGAAUUGGCCCAAUUUCCAGAAGCAAUAUUUGGAUUCUUGUCUCCAACCACAGUUAUUAUCAGCACACCGAAUUCUGAAUUUAAUCCCUUGUUUUCAGGAAAGACAGUAUUCCGACAUCCAGAUCACAAGUUUGAAUGGGACAGAACACAAUUUCAAAGCUGGGCUUUAGAUGCAGCAAGACACUAUGGUUAUUCUGUGGAAUUUACUGGACUAGGGGAACCACCACCUGGAGCUGAGGCUGUUGGAUUCUGCACUCAGAUAGGGGUCUUUGUCAAAAAUAUACCGAACACUGAUGAAUCUCUACACAGUGAAAAAACUACAGAAUGUACUCACACAAAAGUUGGUACAGUGAUAUAUCCAAGCUUGAAGGAAGAGAAGUACCUUCGGAAGGCAGUGUCCAAUGAAGUUUUUUCUCACAUCUUAAAAAUGAAGAGAGAUCUACUCGAGAGUCUCAAGAUGAAGAAUGACAGUGAUGGUUGUGAUGAGCCUGAAUAUGUCCAACCUGAAUGUGAUGAGUUCAAAAAUGACCCCACUGAGGAGACCCCCAAGCCAUUCUGUAUUGAAAAUGUAUUUUAUGUACCUCUGGAAAGGCUUUUCUCUUUCCCCAAAAUAAAACACCUGUGUGGUGACCUUGAGACGUUAAAAAUGCUAAUUGCUGAUGAAGUAACACUAAGCAGUGAUGGUUCUUCUGUCAUGAUUAACAUUGUCGAUGAAGAGGACUGUGAUUUGAAUGACAAUGAUGGGGAUGACUAUGAUUUGGAUCACUAAAUGGGAAGGAGCAUAAUGGUGGUGGCUUUAAUGAGGAAGACCACAAAGAUCAUUACUGAGCCAUUGUUGUUGUUUUCACAAAUUUAGGGAAUUAAACUUUUUAAUGGGCUUUGCUGUUUUUUUUUCCCCUGUGGGAAUCUUAGGACAAUUUUUAUCAGUUUAGUGUUUUUGGUUAAAUUUAAAUUCUUGAUAUUGUAAACCAGUGGUGUUAAAUGGAGCCAUUAAAUCAUA